AUGCAGGCCCGUGUAGCGUCCAUGGAGGACGUGAAGGAGGCGCGGCAGGCGGCGGGGCAGGGGAGGGCGCUGCCCACGGGGAUGCUCAAGGUGUUCCUGGGGUUCCUGCUGCUGGGCGUGGGGCUGUCCGCCGUCGGCAUGUACAUGGCGCGGCACGCGGUGGCGGCGGUCGCGCCCGCGCUGUUCCGGCCGUGCCUGGGCGGCUCCUCCGCGGAGGAGGAGCCCGAGGGGCUGGAGCGGUGGACGCGGCCCCCAGCGCGCGUAGAGCACGCGAUGACGGACGAGGAGCUGCUCUGGCGCGCGUCGUUCGCGCCGCGGGUGCGCGGGUACCCGUUCCGCCGCGUGCCCAAGGUGGCCUUCAUGUUUCUCACGCGAGGCCCGUUGCCGCUGGCGCCGCUCUGGGAGCGAUUCUUCCGUGGGCACGAGGGGCGCUACUCCAUCUACGUGCACGCAUUGCCAUCCUACCAUGCCAACUUCACCUCUGAAUCGGUCUUCUAUCGGCGCCAAAUUCCCAGUAAGGUCGCAGAAUGGGGUCAGAUGACCAUGUGUGAUGCUGAGAGACGCUUACUUGCCAACGCUUUACUGGAUAUAUCCAACGAAUGGUUUGUGCUUGUGUCUGAGUCGUGCAUUCCUAUAUUUGAUUUCAACACAACAUACAGAUACUUCCAGAAUUCGAACCAAAGCUUUCUCAUGGCGUUUGAUGAUCCUGGACCAUAUGGACGGGGAAGAUACAACUGGAAUAUGACCCCUGAGGUUGAACUUGACCAAUGGCGCAAAGGUUCACAGUGGUUCGAAGUACACAGAGAGCUUGCCAUUGAAAUUGUGAAGGACACGGUCUACUAUCCAAAAUUCAAGGAGUUCUGCAGGCCCCAUUGUUAUGUUGAUGAGCACUAUUUCCCUACAAUGCUGACGAUUGAAGCUCCAAACAGCCUGGCUAACAGAAGUGUUACUUGGGUGGAUUGGUCAAGAGGUGGUGCACAUCCAGCCACGUUUGGCAGGGGUGAUAUCACAGAGGAAUUCCUGAGGAGGGUCCAAAAGGGUCGGACAUGUCUAUACAAUAACCAGAACUCAACCACGUGCUUCUUGUUUGCGCGGAAGUUUGCUCCAAGUGCAUUGGAGCCAUUGUUAGAGCUAGCGUCUACCGUGCUCGGUUUUGGUUGA